AUUUACGUUAAUAAUUAAAAAAAAAACUUUCGUGCAACGUUCAAAACAGCACUCAUUCCUGUCAGGUUACGUUACUUCGAUGGUUCUCAUAACUCAGCAAUUUCUAAACUUGGGAUUAUCAUAUUUUAAAAAUCGAAUUCGGUAACGAGAAACGAGAAGAUAGAGCCGGAUAGAAUUUUAAAAUUCGAAUAAAAGCAGCUUCCAUUUUUUUUAUCUAUCGACUCGGCCGUUGGAAUUAUCUGAACAUAAUAAUUAUAAUUAUAUGCUGACCCUUGCCUAGUACAGCAAUAAUACUUUCGUUGACAUUUUACCAUCAUUCUCGAUCGCGACUUCGAGUGAAUCAUACGUAUUGUAUUAUAUAUUUUUUUAAUUUCAUCGACGUUCGCCGAUGCAUAGGUAGACGCAAUCGCUCGGCAGAAUCGGUGAAUUUUUAAUCUGUGCCGGUCACCGGGUUAUCGGUGCGUUUUUUUUUUCGUUUGGAAAAUAAAUAACUUUUUUUUUAAUCAUGGUGGAGAAUCAGUGUAAGGCUAGGCCAGUGAAAGCUUAUUACAUAAUGUGUGAUUUGCUGAAAAAGUUAGAUUCUGAAGCGACGAACGAUGUCGUUAAGCUAGCGACGGCAGUUGCCGGCUUCUAUAUUGGCGUUUUUUAUCUUGAAUACGUGGACACGGAGUACAGCCUGUGGCUGACGUGGUUCCUGACGCCGGUGAUGGUCACGUUCCUGCUGCCCGCCGUCAUCAUCGUGCUCAUCUACGCCAGCAGCAUCAUAUUCCAUCUCUACAGGCUCUACAGGUUACGGAUAGUAGAUGGCGUGCACAGUGACUGGAGACACGCAGCGCGGCUCGCUGUGUGCGCGCUGUGGGACGCACACGGCUGGCUGUGGCACGGCUACGACAUACGAGGCUUCGAGAACAUACCGGACGGGCCGUUCCUGCUGAUCUACUACCACGGCGCGCUGCCCAUUGACAUGUACUACUUCACGGCGCGCAUGCUGCUCUUCAAGCGGCGGCUGAUACACACGGUGGCGGACCGGUUCCUCUUCAAGAUACCCGGGUGGGCGGCGCUCCUGGAAGGGUUGUGCGUGAUCCCGGGCACGGUGCAGACGUGCGCCGGGGUGCUCCGAGCGGGCAACCCGCUGGCCAUCUCCCCCGGAGGCGUGUACGAGGCGCAGUUCGGAGACCACUACUACAGGCUCAACUGGAAGUCCAGGAUUGGGUUCGCCAAAGUCGCUUUGGAAGCUAAAGUGCCCAUAGUGCCGAUGUUCACGCAGAACGUUCGCGAAGCAUUCCGCACGGUGGGCUGGUUGCGCGGCAUAUGUCUGCGCAUCUACGCCGCCACGCGCGUGCCGCUCGCGCCCGUGUACGGGGGCUUCCCCGUCAAGCUCGUCACGCACCUGGGGCCCGCCAUACCGUACGACCCCGCGCUGACGCCCGAGCUGUUGCAGAAGAAGGUAAUACUGUACAAUAUGUCUGCGCAUCUACGCCGCCACGCGCGUGCCGCUCGCGCCGGUGUACGGGGGCUUCCCCGUCAAGCUCGUCACGCACCUGGGGCCCGCCAUACCGUACGACCCCGCGCUGACGCCCGAGCUGUUGCAGAAGAAGGUGGCGGAUGCAAUCGAAAACUUAGUAGAAGAACACCAAAGGGUACCCGGCAGUAUACUCCUAGCUCUCAUAGAGAGAAUACACGAGAUGCCCAAAAAAUCUACCGCAAAAUCCAUAGCCCAUACAAACGGCAGCUGCCAGAACGGCAUCAAAAAGACUGACGAUAGUUUAAGUGAAAAGUGCGAAAGUGACAAAGCGAAAGUGUCAUAAUGUAAAAUCAAAAUGACUUUUGUGAUUUUAUGAAUUUAUUGAUAUGUAAUUUAAGGUACGUUCAAACACAUCAAACACCGAUCAACAAAUAUAACAACAAAUCACUAUAAAUGUUGUAGUGUAAAUUAUAUUAAAUAUUCGUUUGUCGCCAAAAAUCUCGAAUAUGUACUGAAUAUAUUUUUGUUAUAGAAUCAGAUGUGGUACAAAUUUGUUGCCAAUAUUAGAGGUAGCAAUAUUGACAUAAUAGUCUAACAGUAACAAAUACAAACCAGAAUUGGGGGCGUCACAACUGCUUUUUAGCAACAUGUGCUUAUAGCAUAGGAUCCGUGGAAUAUUUUUUACAAUUGAUUGCUAUCGAGGUAAUUUUUAUUACCUGGUGACCCAGUUAGCUACCAGAAUCAAGAAUUUGUGAAUAAAAAAGUUGAGCGUCUCAUCAAGAUGAAGCUACUCACGGAAAAUUAACUUAACUUGAAAAUCAAUUGUAAAAAUGUUCCCCAGAUCCUGGACUAUUAGUUUGGUAGUAGAAGAAAUUAAUUUCUUUUAUAUCCGCAACAUGAUGAAGUUUUUUUAUUUUCAUUCUGGUCAGUCUGUCUGUCUAUACGCCAUAAAAAGGACAAAAAUCUUAGACGCUUAAUUAAAAUUGUUGUAUGUAUACCGAAUAAAUCUCGCUGCGUACAUGUCCUUCAUAUUCAUAAACAUAGAUUGACUUUUAAAUCUCAAUUUCCUUCAAAGUAAACUGGACCUUAUCACUACUGUAUAAGGUUCAUUUUACUCUGAAAGAAAGAAAAACACAUUUAUAUUAAAAAUUGUGCGACACUUAAUACCUUGAGGUUUAAACCCUAAUCCAUAUUUAUAAAUAAGGCUGUGGCAGUUUUCAUUUUUAUUGUUUCAAGUGGGUUCCUUUAACCUAAUUAUAUAAGUAAAUUUAAGCGUCCCUCCGCUAACUGGACUAUUGUCAUACCCACCUAUAACGUCUUUCCGACUAAUUGGAGGGAAAUGGGGUUGGUAAUAUCUAAAAAAAGGCAACUAUUCUUUAAAAAAAAGACUACUCAAUCGGUUUAUAAACGCGGAAAAUUUGCUAAUACAAAUAAUUGAGCAGAUAAAAAAAUAAUCUAUCGAUUUUGGAUACAUUAACAACAUUAAGUUUAUUGUCAAUUUACCUGUAAAAUACAAUUGUAUGUUAUUUUUGUACAAAUUAAGCAUUUUUUUUUUUUAAUAAUUUUAUUACAACUGGCAUGUUUGUCGAAUAUUUAUAAUUUAUCCAUGCAGAUAAAUCACAAUAUCGAUGAAUUUUAAUAAUUUUAUCGAUGUACAUUUUUAGGUUAUGUAUUUUUAAAUUACAUAGCUGGUUUAAAAUACUUACUUAAGUUCUACAAUAACUUAAUGCAUUUUUAUCAUAUAAUAACAAUAUUUUUAUGUCAAAAUCAGAUUUACGAUGCACAACUAGUUAGAUACGCUUAAGGCAUUUAUGGCAGUGACUUGCAUUAAUAAAUUCGACUUGAUUAGGUAUAUAUUAGGUAAAUGAAAUGGAAAAUUUCCUGUCCAAGCUCAUAAUGAGACACAGGGUAAGCAGUGCAUUGUGGCAUCUAUGGAUUGUACGCAUAGAUGCGUUCUAUGGAUGCGCACGCAGAAAGAGAGAGUGAAAAACAUGGUGGUGUAUUAAUAAUUUAAAUACAUACACUUAUGAGGAAGAAAGUCUGAAAGUGUUGCCAGCGACAGAAAAGUUGAGGAAUAAAAGUCAUCAGAAAAAUGAUAAAAUUACAAGUGGAUAUACCCCUUCAAUAAGAUUUAUUUUAAUAAGAUUAAGCCCAAAAAAGAGAUGGUCGGAGUGUGUGAACUAGGUGCGUUAAAGCAGAUGAAGGAAUGAACUUAAGGGAAUUAGGAAAAGGAAAUGAGAUGAUGACAUGUUUUACUUUGUGUCAAAUACUAAAGCUUGCAAUGGGGCCGGACUGAUAGGUUCUGGGUUCGAUCCCACUGCACUAUUGUUGUUUAGUUUCUCUAACUAAUUGGAUGUUAAUGGGAAUAUUGGUCAUAUUAAGAAAAAUAUGACCAAUAUUCUUAAUUUAAAAAAAAAAUCUUUUUACUGUCCUAAAGGACCUCAGACAUGGCUUACUAGGUGUGCGUUACAUAGCAAUGUUAGAUUAUGGUAGUUUGAUUCUGCUUAACCAACUUUAAUGAACUUUAUUAUGUACUAUGUAGAUAUCAAUAUUUUAUUUUUUAUAUAAGUAGAAAUUUAUAAAUUAAUAUAAAAAUAAAACAUUUUUGUAUAAAGUAUACUGUAGAAACGUGUUUGUAACAGUGUUUUUGGAAGUAGCUUUCGUCAUAAAAAUGUUUAAUAUCAGUGUAUGCAUUUAUUUAUUUAAGUAUUUAUUAGUGACUAGCGGACACCCGCGACUUCGUCCGCGUGACCCUACCACGCGACGGCGACGGAAGCUUAAAAAAUGGAGUAUCUUCUCCCAUUUUCUCAACAUUUCCCUUCACUGCUCUGCUGCUAUUAGUCAUAGCGUGAUGAAAAGUAUACUAUAACCUGCCCAUGAGUAUAAAGAAUAAUUGUACCAAGUUUCGUUAAAAUCCGUCGAUUAGUUUUUGUUUCUAUAAAGAACAUAGAGACAGACAGACAGACAAAAAUUUUACUGAUUGCAUUUUUGGCAUCAGUAUCGACCACUAAUCACCCCCUGAUAGUUAUUUUGAAAAUAUAUUUCAUGUACAGAAUUGACCUCUCUACAGAUUUAUUAUAAGUAUAGAUUAAACGAAUCUGUGGGUGAAGCUCUGUCAUAGUUAUGUGAGUCGCUUCAUUGGAAGAUUUAAUUUCACAAAGUAGUCCCUUUAAACGGAGCUAAAAGUACAAUAAUAAAAAUAUAAUAUGUGUGCUUGUAUAUUUUUUAGGUCUUUCCAGUGUGUGAAUACCUACUGAAUAAAAUUGAUAGCGUCAUAUAAUUCUCCAGGAUUCCAACUACUAGUGAAAUUAGUUUUAGUUUGUAUUUAAAAGGUUUUAAUUUAUUUAAAAUUAAUCUACUGUCUACUUAUCUACAUCGUAUACGUCUUUGACGAGUUGCAAUUAAGUAAUUCUAAGGAAUUUUUCAAAUGGAUUAUUGUUAAAAAUAAAAAAUAAAUGUCUUACUCUGUUACAAAAUAAUGUUGCCAUCAGUUAAAAGUGGAAAUCUCGAUGGAAUUUGUUUGAAUUUCGAUACAAGUAGUAAAAUACUAUUCAAGUUUCGGAUAUCGAAAUAACACUGCCAUGUUGAGAAAGAGAAUAUUUAAUUUUGCGAAUUAGAAUUUUGCUUAAAUAUUUCUGGCGCCUGCUGGAGCAUUUCCUUAACAAUGAUAGAUACAUACGAGUAUAAUUCGCUAUAAAUCAUGUAUCAUUUAAUAAUAUUUAAUAUUAAUCGUUUAUUUUUAGUUAAUUAUAAGACGUACUUUUAAGACGCUGUGAUCUAUUUAAAAGAUAUUAAGUUAUGUCCACUAACUUUCGUUAACAUCAUGACAUGGAAAUAUAUGAUGAUGUCAAUGUCCACAAGUUUCUAAUUAGGUCUUACCCAUUCUGCAAACAGCCAAAAUGUAUUGCCAUAUUUUAAUACAUAGAUAUAUACCGAAUUACCUAAGUAUAUAAUUUUAAUUGCAUUAAAUGUUUCAUGAUAAUAUAUGCCACAUAUCUUCUCGUGUAUAUUUUUGGAACAUAGAUAUAGUGAGUUUCGCUUUAGGUGCUAGAUUGAUGAUAUUGUAGUUUUAUAUACUUGAUAUACUUAAAUUAACAGAUAAUAUAUUGUAAUAUUAUGAAUUAAAUUUUAAGGAAAUAUAUAAAUAUAUUUUUAAAUUA